AUGGAAGAACAAAAACAACAAGACCAAGAGUCUACCAAGUCUCCACAACACGAGUCGUCGUCUCCUUUACAAGAUAGCACCAAGGAGAGCCCCGUCACCUCAUCUGCAACCAGCCCUCCUGCUGCUACAAGUGCAAAUGAAUCCAAUCCUACUACCAGUCCUGAAUCGCCUUCUACUCAACAGCAGCAAGAAACAUCGCAUGAGGAAUCUCCACAACAGCAGCAGUCUCCACAACAACAGUCUCCACAGCAGCAACAGCAACAGCAAGAACAACAGCUUUCAGAGCCUGUGCGUACAUUGAAGGAAGCGUUUCCUGACAUCGAUGUGGAGGUUAUUGAAGCCAUUCUCGCUAGCCAAGGUGGUCAGAUGGAAAGGUCGUUCGAAGUGCUUCUCGGCAUGUCUGAUCCCAACUACAAACCUGAAGAGCCACCACGUCCACAACAACGUGCAACAGAGCCAACAGCAACAGCUGAAGAUGUACCUGCACCACCCAUGCCCCCAAGACCCACACAAACAGAAACCCAAACUCAAGCUCCUUAUGGUUAUUGGCAACAACAACAACAACAACAGCAACCACAAGAACCUCGUACUGUUGAAGAGCAAAUGCAAAUGGAUGAAGCGUAUGCAAGACAAUUGGCUUUGGAGGAUGAACGUGUACGGGCACAGCGCUAUCAACGUCAACAACAACAAGCUGAAGAUGAUCAACCUCUCUUUAACUUUCAAGAGGAUUUGCCAAUCAUCAAGGAAAGAGUUGUGGAGGCUGGAAAUGCUGCCAAGAAAAAGGUGAUGGAUCUCUACAAUCAGUUCAAAGCCAGCCGUGCCAAUAAUGGUGGUAGCCCCAACCAAGGCACUUCGAUGCCAACCACCAAUGCUCAAUACAGAGGUCUACCCAGUGAUGAUGGCGAUGAUUUAUUAGCGGGUGAUGUCUCAGCUUUGCAUCUUUCUGACAAUGAUGUCUAUGCACAAACGGCACGUCCACAACAGCAACAACAACCAGGUGUUAUCCAUGUCAACCCACCUUACCAACGCCAAGGAGGUAACGACACAAUCGAUGCUCAAAUUCGUGCCGACGAGGAAUUAGCACGGCGCUUGGCAGGCGAUGACCAAUUCUGGGAAUCCAAUACACGAAACAACAACAAUGAGCAACCUCCCCAAAUGCCUCCAAGAAAAACACCAUCACCUGGUGUACAACAUAGCACUGCGGCCGACACAGGAUCUGAAGGUGAUAGCGUUGUAUUGACAGCACCUGAGACCACCAAGCCCACUGAAAAAUCUGAAUCUCGUGCUGAGGAGCGACGAUCGUACGUGAUUCGUGAUGAGGACGACUCGGAUGAUGAUGAUUUGAUUGAUGUGGAUGAAGAAUCAGAACGGAAAGAUGCUACACAAAAGGGUGCCGAUGCUGCUCAAAAGCCCGACGAAAAGGCAUCAACCUCUCCCAAAUGA